CAACUUGGACCCGGCAGAAUGGCUCCCGCAGAAAAGGAUGGCAAGAAGAAAAAUGGCCGUUCUGCAAUCAACGAGGUGGUGACCCGAGAAGACACCAUCAACAUUCACAAGCGCAUCCACGGAGUGGGCUUCAUGAAGCGUGCCCCUCGGGCACUCAAAGAGAUUCGGAAAUUUGACAUGAAGGAGACGGCAACUCCAGAUGUGUGCAUUGAUACCAGGCUCAACAAAGCUGUCUGGGCCAAAGAAAUAAGGAAUGUCCCCUACCGCAUCCGUGCGUGGUUAUCCAGAAAAUGUAAUGAGGAUGAAGAUUCACCAAAUAAGUUCUAUACUUUGGUUACCUAUGUACCUGUUACCAUGUUCAAAAAUCUACAGACAGUCAAUGUGGAUGAGAACUAAUCGCUGAUCAUCAAAUACAUCAAAUAAAGUUAUAAAACUCCC